CACAGACCAUGGUUACUCGCUGCAGGGCAAGCUGGAGCUGCAACUUUCCACCGGCCACACCUCUACCGCACGGGAAUCUGGAACCUUGAUUGGUCCAGCGUUUUGAUACCGCACCCCCACCCCCCAUCCGUUAACAAGUUCCGUGUUACUAGUAUUUCCAAACUCAAUGACAGAAAUCGUCUUCCUUUUUGUAGACUUUGUGAAGACAGCAGCACCGUGCCCAACUUGUGUCCAAGAUGUCAGACAGGGGGUCUUUUGAUACCAAUGUGGUAACUCUAACACGAUUCGUAUUAGAGGAGGGAAGGAAAGCUAAAGGUACGGGAGAAUUGACAACACUCCUGAAUUCAAUGUGCACAGCCAUCAAAGCCAUCUCCAGUGCAGUCAGGAAGGCGGGGAUCGCUAAUCUUUAUGGCAUCGCUGGAACCACAAAUGUGACAGGGGACCAGGUGAAGAAGCUCGACAUCCUCUCUAACGACCUGGUUAUUAACAUGAUCAAGUCGUCCUUCACCUCAUGUGUGCUUGUUACAGAGGAGAAUGAGGAAGCCAUCAUCAUAGAGCCUGAAAGCAGGGGCAAAUAUGUGGUCUGCUUCGAUCCUCUCGAUGGCUCUUCAAACAUUGACUGCCUUGCUUCAAUCGGUACCAUCUUUGCAAUCUACAGGAAGAGCUCUGAUGAUGAGCCCUGUGAAAACGAUGCCCUGCAACCUGGCAGGAACAUUGUGGCGGCGGGGUAUGCACUCUUCGGCAGUGCCACCAUGAUGGUGCUCUCUACUGGCCAAGGAGUCAACUGCUUCAUGCUGGAUCCAGCUAUUGGAGAGUUCAUUCUGGUGGACAAAGAUGUGAGAGUCAAGAAGAAGGGAAAUAUAUACAGCCUGAAUGAAGGAUACGCCCAGUACUUUGACCCGGCAGUCAAAGAGUAUUUACAAAGGAAAAAGUUCCCUGAGGAUGGGAGUGCUCCAUAUGGAGCACGGUAUGUGGGCUCCAUGGUAGCCGAUGUUCACCGCACUCUGGUAUACGGAGGAAUCUUCCUGUACCCAGCCAAUAUGAAGAGCCCAAAAGGAAAGCUGAGGCUGCUGUAUGAGUGUAACCCCAUGGCCUUCAUCAUUGAGCAGGCCGGAGGCAUGGCCACCAUCGGGGACAUGGAUGUGCUGGACAUCCAGCCUGUGAGCAUUCACCAGCGGGUGCCUGUUGUGCUGGGCUCCCCUGACGAUGUGAAGGAGUACAUCAACAUCUACAAGAAACACUACCCUUAAUGAGUGGCCGCAUUGAAAACGCUGACACCAGAGACCAAUAGGAAAUCGACUGAAGAAAAGGCCAACCGACCCACACUCCACCUCACACACAACACACACUGGAGACCAACAAGCUAACUCCAAGCAUUAUUGACCAGACCAAAGAUAAUAACUCAGCCUGGACCAGCACCUUGGAGUCAACUGGAAGGGCACUGUGAAAUGUUUAUUAUUAUAACCAUUCCAUCGGAAUCAGGCUGUAAGAGUUGACCACAAAAAAGUCUUCAAAACUAAAUUACAUCUUAAAAUGAUGAGGAUUGCACACAUUAAAGCCUGAAAGUCUUUAUACGA